GGGUCAUAUAUGAGUACAUGAUAGCUUUGAAUACCCGGUACGUGAUCUGGGAAUAUAUUUACCCUUCACCCAAAUUCAAUUCAAGCAAGCGAUAUGGCAUUUCUCGGCUCAACAGCACCUGGCCUCAUCGUGGGAGCGUUGAUAUGCGCGCUUACCUACAGGUUCAUUGCCCAUCAGCAAGAACUGCGAGCUAACAACCAAAUCGCUUCCGCUAAAGGGUGCCUUCCGCUCAGACAAUGGAACUCGACUUGGCCACUAGGCCUAGAUCUACUUGUUCAAGCAUUUCGUUAUGACCGUAGGCAGCAGGUCCUCAAGUUCUUCCUUGAUGUCGUUGCUAAGUCUGGCACAACGUUCGAGCAAAAUCUCCUUUUCUCUCGAGGAGUCGAUACCAUCGACCCUCAGAACAUACAGACCCUUCUUUCGACCCAACCUGAUGACUUUGGACUCGGACUACGACCCCCAACAUUCUUGCCUUUGUUGGGGAGUGGAAUCUUCACUCAGGAUGGCGCACACUGGCGGCACUCACGCGAGCUGCUACGUCCACAAUUCAUGACGAACCAGUUCACCAAUUUUGAGCAAAUACGCAGCGCCGUAGACAGCCUCAUCUCCAGCAUUCCUGACGACAACGGCGUCGAUCUACAGCCGCUAUUCUUUCGCCUUACUUUCGAGACUACCCUCUUUCUACUGAUUGGAAACCACCUGCCAUCUCUCCAAUUAGAGGGUAUCACAGGCCAGGAAUCGGACUUUGCGAACGCUCUCAAUCUUGGACAGGAGUAUUUGGCGAAGCGCGGACGAUUAGCUGUACAAAUGGCCUUGGCCUCAGCCACAAACAAGUCCCGGGGCACCAAGACAGAGCCUUACAUCUUCAUCGAUGCCUUGAUCGAGGAAACGCGGAACGCAAAAGUACUUCGGGAUCAGUGUCUGAAUAUCCUGUUAGCUGGGAGGGAUACUACGGCUUGUUGCCUCACUUGGACAAUACGUCUAGUUGUCCAGCAUCCUCACGUCUUUUUCAAGUUGCGGGCCGAAAUCAGUGAUACAGUUGGGGUGGGACUCAGGUCGCCGACGCCUACUAUAACUCAGGUCAAAUCACUUCAGUAUCUCUCACUCGUCAUCAAAGAAGUCCUUCGCCUCUACCCCUCCGUCCCUGGGGGCGGGCCAACGGGCACCGCACCAAUCCUCGUCCGAAAAGGCGAGGCCGUAGGAUACUGUGUCUACGCGAUGCACCGCCGCAGGGAUAUCUACGGCGCCGACGCAGACGAAUUUCGACCUGAGCGGUGGGAGAACGAUGCGCUGAAGGAUGUAGGCUGGGGGUAUUUGCCGUUUAACGGUGGACCAAGAGUUUGCUUGGGACAGGAAUUUGCGUUGUUGGAGGUUGGAUACACCUUCGUGCGGUUGCUGCAGACUUUUGAAGCUAUCGAGCAGGCGGAGGGGUAUAGGAUGGAGAAGAGAGUUGGCGAGGAGAGGCAGGUUCUUACAUUGGUUAUUUCAUGCGGAGAAGGGUGUGUAGUCAGGAUGAGGAGUUAUGUGGAUGAGGUGUAG